AUGGACCCUGUCAACGUCCACGACGAAAAGAACCCUCUCGGCCAGGAGAACGGCGACAACCAAGCUCCCGCAGAGCAAACAGGAAGAACCCCUGGGGAGACUCUUGGAACCAAGACCGGGCAGACUUCCCCGGCCGUAGGAGCCCUUGGAACCGAAUUGCUGCUCCAGGCAACGAGCGCCGCACCGGAGAUCGAUCGCGUCAUUCAGGAAACGCAGAAGACACCCUUUACACCGCGCAUAGCCGGAACGCCUGUCAGGCACCUGGAGAAACUCAAAAUCAAGAUCUACGAAGGUAAUACUAACCCCCGACACUUUUUGACCUCGUUCGGAAUCUGCAUGAACCGAUACCAAUUCAGGUCAGCCAAGGAGAAGGAUGCGGUCCAGUGCCAGCUGUUUGUCGAAAGUUUGGGAGGAAUAGCUCUCGAUUGGUUCUCGCGACUCGAGGCGAACUCAAUAAACAAUUAUAAGGAGCUAACAACGGCUUUUGUUAAGCACUUCUCCAUGUUCAUCGGACAGAACACCAAGAACUCCGAACUAUGGCAAAUAGCUCAAAGAGUAAACGAGAGCCUUCACGACUUCAUCCACCGCUUCAAAACGAUUAUCGCUAACUGCAUGGUCAGCGAUGAAGCCGCCCUCUUAUGUCUACAGAAGGGAGCUCGGAUAAAAACAAGCUUCCGAAGCGCAAUCAAAAACAAUCCUCCGCAGACCUUGGAAGACGCAUUACACCGACCUAACACUUACAUCGCGGAAGAAGAGGAGGAGGCAGCUCACGAACAGAGCUAUUCGGCAAAACAACCCGAACGACCAAAGACUGAUGCUUAUGAACCGCAAUCAGGUUACGGCAAACGGUAUGAGAAUCGCAAAAAAUUCUACGCCAACGCCAUCCAACAACCAACCAAGCAGAGGAACAAUAAAUGGAUCCGUAGCGAUGAAGACCAAGACGAGUUGCUAUUCUGCGAAUUCCAUAAUCGCAAACGACAUAGCACCGAAGACUGCAGACAUCUGCGGGAGUACCUGCUCGUACAGUACCGGAAAAGACAAAUUUCACUCGACGACCUCCGUCAUUCAACCGCAAACAAGUCGCCCCGAACAAACAAUACACCGCCCGAGAACACCAUCACAAAGGAUCUACCGGCUUUACCACCGCCUCCGCCAAAUCCACACACUCAGCCCGAGCAACCGAAACACAACCACGAUGAGCCCGCACCAGACAACCAUAUCCCCGAAGCUAGGAAACGCGUCAACAUGAUCAUGGGAGCUAUCGAAGCCUACAGUUAUUCAUUUCGGGCCAUCAAGGAGUACAGCAAACAGGCCGCAACCGCGCCUAAACUCCAGCAUGAUCCCCCGAAAGGAACCCCUUUGAUAUUUACCAAAUGGACUGUACAAACCACACAACGAUGCUCUCUUCAUUGA